AUGCUGGAUACGCAGCAACAAAUUGACACGCUGGAGAAAUUGGAUACCUAUUUUCUUCAGACUGGUUUAGAGAUGAAAGAGCUAACUACAUGGAAAGAAGAAGAUCCAGGAAGAACCGCCGCCAAUGCAAGUGGCCUCCGCAGUGCCGCAUUUAUUAAAGCAAAAUCCUCCAUCAUCGAGGAAGAAGAUGAAUUCUUCUUCUCAGUACCACCGCAGUACUCACCCCGGAGCAGCGCAUUUCCCAUUCUCCCCAACAUUCAGGAUGCUCAUCGCGUUCGCAUCGCGACGCACAACAUCUUUGCCAACUUCAUUCGAUCCACUAACCUCGAGUUCUUCCCUAUCAGCGGCGACCCUGCUGAACUUAUGGCGUAUAUGGUUUCCAAUCCAACCCAGAGUCCAAGCCUACCCUUAAUUCGCGAAGGCGCAAUCCACCGCAAACGCCAAAUGUAUGAGCAAAUGCUGGCUGGCUUCUGGGAGGCAUGUGUAUUGCCCGAUCCUGAGAUAGGAUUUCCGUUUGUUGCAGAUGCCAUCCUCGCCAAUCCGCCGAGCUUUACGCAUGUUCAAUGUGCUGAGGUAUUGGGUGUCCCUGUUCACAUGGUGUUUGCAAUACCGUGGAGCAGCACUGGCGGGGCUUGGGCCGCUAGAGAUGGGAAAAGAGAAUGUCAUGGUGAAUUAUGCUUCAUAUGCUGCCGUGGACUUCUGACUUGGCAAGGGCUAGGAGACAUUGCUAACGAUUGGAGGGUGAAUAUACUGGAUCUGGAGCCCAUCACAGCCAUCUCCUCCGCAUCCAUUUCGAGCGUCGUAAGCGUGGCAGAUGCAGCCACACGCGAAUGA